AUGUGGCUGCCUCCUCCCCUCCGCCAAACAAGGAGAUAUUCAGAUGCCUCAUCCCAUCCCGUCACUCUGUUCCCCCUCCCUUUGCACUGCCUUUUGCACCCUGCGCCGACCAGGGCACAUCAAUCCGCUGGAUCCGACACCCGCGAGAGUCUGGACUCUCGAUGCAUCUCACCAAGAUCAGGCUUCGGGGCAGCAGCCCGCUUCACAGGGGCUCCUUGCGACCUGCCCCCGCAACUAUAA